AGAUAAGAUGACUUGGUAAGUGGUGAAUAUUUUAAGUAAACUAUUAACCACAUAACUGAAGGUCUUGAAGUCCUCAAAGUGUACACUCGAGUGUACAGACAGACAGAGUUCUGAGUCAUUGCUUAUCUUUGGCUCGAAUAGGCGUCAACUUGAACUAAAUCAGCGUUUAUAUACUACAGCUUUCUCACCGAAGUGGGAUAAUGUCUAAGAACACGAGUAGUAAUGCCUUUAGGAGAAUAGAUGUUGAUCAAUAUGCUGAGGAUAAUUAUAAAGAGGAGGUUGAUAAUGAUUCUGUCGCUGCUGGUCCAAAUGAAACCGACGUUAUGGCACUUUUAGCACAAAACAAGCAAGCUGAAGCUUUGAAGCAUGUUCUUUCAAAUGCACCUUUAGGCAGCAAUAACCAAGCUGUUAGAGACGCUUCGUUCUCCCUUGUCCUCCGUGUGCUCCUGUCCUUCAAGACCUCACAGAUCGACGAGGCCGUGAAACAGCUGGACAACGAGACGAGGGAUAUUCUUAUGAAAUAUAUUUACAGAGGAUUCGAGGUUCCUAGUGAAGGAUCUUCAAUUCAACUUCUAGUUUGGCAUGAAAAGGUGUUUGCUCUGUCUGGCGUAGGAUCAAUAGUUAGAGUGCUCACCGACAAGAAAAAAGUUUAAAUAAAAUUUUUUUUUUUUCGUUCUUCAUUUAAUAGCUUUGUAAUUCCAGUCUUCUUAUAUUCUACAGAUAAACUUUCCUUCAGACUGUAUUCUGUUCAAUUUUUUAUGAUUAUGGACUUAAAAAAAUAUUAAUUAUUUUUCAAACCAACAUUUAGAAAUUUUUUUCUUCUUUUCUCUUUCUGCCUUUAAGUAGUUGUUGAACCUAAAGAUCUUAAACUUGUCUAUAUCAAAAUUGUAUUUCUUCCCAUGAUUUUAUGCAUUUAAGUUUGCACUAAUUUAUGUCAUUAAAACUGAUUACAGUAAUAAUAAUGCCAUCAUUUCUGAAAGUGAAGUAGAAGUGGUGAUAAUGUUAUUAUUAUAGAAAUGAUAUUAUUAAAAUAUGAAUAUGAUGAUGUUUCAGA